AUGGUUCAACAAGUUCCAGAAAACAUAACUUUUCCAAAAGAGGAAGAGCAAUCAAAGAAUAGACCUAGGUUUAACUUCUAUGAUGGCCCUCCAUUUGCUACUGGGCUUCCGCACUAUGGCCAUAUUCUUGCAGGAACCAUUAAAGACGUAGUAACCAGAUUCGCUCAUCAGAGCGGUUUUCAUGUCGACAGAAGAUUUGGCUGGGAUUGCCAUGGCUUACCCGUGGAAUAUGAGAUUGACAAGACCUUAGGCAUUAAAGGGCCAGAGGAUGUGGCGAAGAUGGGGAUUGAGGAAUACAACAACCAGUGCAGAGGAAUUGUGAUGAGAUACUCAAAGGAAUGGGAGUUCAGUGUUACCAGAUUAGGACGCUGGAUUGAUUUUGAAAAUGACUAUAAAACUCUUUAUCCCGAGUUCAUGGAGUCUGUGUGGUGGGUUUUCAAGCAACUGUAUGACAAAGGACUGGUGUAUAGAGGUGUUAAGGUCAUGCCUUUUUCGACUGCUUGCAACACCCCGCUGUCAAACUUUGAGUCCCAUCAGAAUUACAAGGAUGUUCAAGAUCCUUCAGUGAUUGUGAGUUUCCCACUGGAUGAAGAUGCAAGUGUUUCUCUUGUUGCUUGGACCACUACUCCUUGGACCUUGCCUAGUAAUUUGGCCCUCUGCGUUAAUCCAGAAUUGCAAUAUGUAAAACUGAGAGAUAAUUCCACAGGAAAGAUUUACAUUUUGAUGGAAUCCAGGCUGAUAGCACUGUACAAAUCUGACAGUGAAUAUGAGAUACUUGACAGGUUUCCUGGCAUUGCUCUUAAAGGCAAGAAAUAUAAACCACUCUUUGAUUAUUUUAUUCAGUGCAAAGAUAAAGGUGCCUUUGCUGUGGUAGUAGACAGUUACGUGAAGGAGGAAGAAGGCACAGGUGUUGUACAUCAGGCCCCCUAUUUUGGUGCUGAUGAUUACAGGGUCUGCAUGGAUUUUAAUAUUAUUCAGAAAGAUUCUGUGCCCGUUUGUCCUGUCGACGCGUCAGGCCGCUUCACAGCAGAAGUGACUGAUUUUACUGGACAGUAUGUGAAGGAUGCAGAUAAGAACAUUAUUAAAUUACUGAAAGAGAAAGGCAGACUGAUUCACAGCAGCAGUUUUAAGCACAGCUAUCCCUUCUGCUGGAGGUCAGAUACUCCAUUGAUAUACAAAGCUGUGCCAAGCUGGUUUGUAAGAGUGGAGCACAUGGUGGAGAAGCUACUGGAGAAUAAUGCCCAAUGCUACUGGGUUCCAGAUUUUGUGAGGGAGAAGCGUUUUGGGAACUGGCUUAAGGACGCACGAGAUUGGGCUAUAUCUAGGAACCGGUACUGGGGAACACCCAUCCCGUUGUGGGUCAGUGAUGAUUUUGAAGAGGUAGUUUGUAUUGGUUCAAUGGCAGAACUGGAAGAGCUGUCUGGAGUGAAAGUCACUGAUCUCCAUCGAGAAAGUGUUGAUCACCUAACUAUCCCUUCACGCUGUGGCAAGGGCUUACUGCACCGGGUCCCUGAAGUUUUUGAUUGCUGGUUUGAGAGUGGAAGCAUGCCUUACGCGCAAGUCCAUUAUCCGUUUGAAAACAGAAAAGAACUUGAAGAUGCUUUCCCUGCUGACUUCAUCGCUGAAGGCAUUGACCAAACCCGAGGAUGGUUCUACACUUUGCUGGUGCUGUCCACUGCUCUCUUUGGAAGGCCUCCUUUCAAGAAUGUAAUUGUGAAUGGCCUUGUUCUUGCCAGCGAUGGCCAAAAAAUGAGCAAAAGGAAGAAGAAUUAUCCUGAUCCAAUGAGUAUUGUAAAUAGUUACGGAGCUGAUGCAUUAAGGCUGUACCUGAUCAAUUCUCCUGUGGUCAAAGCAGAAAAUCUGAGGUUUAAGGAAGAAGGAGUAAGGGACAUACUGAAGGAUGUCUUCCUGCCCUGGUACAAUGCAUAUCGCUUUCUUGUUCAGAACGUUCAGAUCCUGCAACAUAAGGAUGAGGGAAGAGAAUUCCUUUACAAUGAGAACACAGUUAAGGAGAGUAAUAACAUCAUGGAUAAAUGGAUUCUUUCUUUCACCCAAUCCCUCAUUCAGUUCUUCAAAGCUGAAAUGGCAGCGUACCGGCUGUACACUGUGGUCCCGCGGCUGGUGAAGUUUGUGGAUAUUCUGACUAACUGGUACGUCAGAAUGAAUCGCAGAAGGCUGAAGGGCGAGAACGGGACAGAAGACUGCAUUAUGGCCUUGGAAACUUUGUUCAGUGUUUUGUUCUCCAUGUGCAGACUUAUGGCACCGUAUACUCCAUUUAUCACUGAGCUGAUGUACCAGAAUCUGAAGACGCUUAUUGAUCCGGCCUCAGUUCAGGAGAAGAACACGGAAAGCAUCCACUACCUCAUGCUUCCCCGAGUGAGGGAGGAUCUCAUCGACAAAAAAAUUGAAAGUGCCGUUUCUUGUUUGCAGUCUGUUAUUGAGCUUGGACGAGUAAUCAGAGACAGAAAAACCAUUCCAGUAAAGUAUCCUUUGAAAGAAGUAGUUGUUAUCCAUCAGGAUCCAGAGGCCCUGGAAAACAUCAGAUCUUUAGAGAAGUACAUACUGGAGGAGCUGAACGUACGUCAGGUGACGUUGUCAACUAAUAAAGAUAAGUACGGAGUCCGGCUGAGAGCAGAACCAGAUCACAUGGUGCUCGGGAAGCGCUUGAAAGGUGCGUUUAAGCUUGUCAUGGCUGCAAUCAAAGAGCUGAAGAGUGAGCAGCUGGAGGAAUUCCAGGAGACAGGCACCAUUGUUGUAGAAGGACAUGAGCUCCAUGGGGAAGAUCUUCGCCUCAUGUAUACCUUUGAUCAGGUUGCAGGAGGAUCUGUCCAGUUUGAGGCACAUUCUGAUGCUCAGGUUUUAGUUCUGCUGGAUGUCACCCCAGACCAGUCCAUGGUGGAUGAAGGAGUUGCCCGGGAAGUGAUUAAUCGCAUCCAGAAGCUUCGCAAAAAGCGAAAUCUGGUUCCUACAGAUGAGAUUGCAGUGUACUACAGAUCACAUCCAGAAGGUGACUACCUGGACGCUGUUAUUAAGGACCAUAUGGAUUUCAUUUUUGCAACUAUAAAGGCUGCCCUGAAGCCUUACCCGGUGCCUACCUCAAAAGAAGUUCUUAUCCAGGAAACAACCCAGCUGAAGGGAUCAGAGCUAGAAAUUACACUGGUCAGAGGUGGCUUGUGUCAGUGUGUUGGUCCAGCCUGUGCCUACGUCAACCUCAAAGUUUGCGUCAACGGGACAGAGCAAGAUGGUGUGUUGCUGCUGGAAAAUCCAAAGGGAGAUAAUACCUUGAACUUCGCUGGACUUGUAGAUGCUGUCUCCUGCAUUUUUGGUCUUAAAAAUUCAAAAGUGACAAUUUUUAAUGGAAAAACAGAAUUGAUAAACAAAACUGACUUGCUUAGUCUCAGCGGAAAGACUCUACAUGUGACAACAGGGUCAGCACCUGCUCUGAUCAACUCUCCUGAUGCUCUGCUCUGCCAGUAUAUCAACUUGCAGUUAAUGAAUGCAAAACCACAAGAAUGUCAGAAAGGAACAGUCGGAACUCUUCUAAUGGAGAACCCUGUUGGUAAGAAUGGAUUAACCUACCAAGCUCUUCUACAUGAAACGGCAAAAGUGUUUGGACUCCGAAGCAGGAGGCUAAAGUUGUUCCUGGAUGAAGCGCAAACUCAGGAGAUCACAAAGGACAUCUCCAUGAAGAACCUGAACAUGAAGACUCUGUAUGUUCGUGUUAUAUCUACCACAGCUGAAUGUUGAGAAUUCCAUUUUUAUGAAUAAGACCAUUUUUUCCACAAAAAAUGAAGUCGAAUUAAAUUAGUAUGCUUUUAGAUUAACAUCCAAGUUGUGUAUGGUACUUGUAACAUCUCGGAUCGCACACAGGAUGUUUUCUACCAGUGCAUGUCUAAUAUGCUGCUCUUUGGUUUCAAAUACAAUGUAUUUUCAUUAUGUUAUCUUCUGAUUCUGAAAAAAGCUGUUCAGAAAAACAUCAGAACUACUUAACCUUAGAUAUCUAUGCAGUGAUUUGCCUGAAAGAAAUGGGACUAGUACCUCAGCGAUGCUGUUCUCUGCCUGCCCUUUAUGCAGGGAGCAUCUUUGACUUUCUAAACCAUGGGUUACCUACAAGGCUCUGUGAUAUAUAUAUUCCAUGUUACAAUAGU